CCACCACCAUGAGCGAAGUUCAAGUUCACUACGACAAAUCCAGAAGCCAUAUUCUCUCCGAAAAAGCAUUGAAAGAAGGAUGGGAUACAUUUAUCUUCCACACACAACUCAUCGUGCCCGGUAAUCUUUUCGUUGGUCUCAACACCGCGGGAUAUGGUCUGAACCGCUCAGACGUUGCGAGGUGGCUCAGUAUCUUGGCCACUAGUUCUCCUUCGAACCCACCAGACAUUUUCUCUUGCGAAAUUCAACCCGCAGGGAUCUUACAAUACUUGCCUACCAAUAUAGCAGACGAGCCCGUCAGUUGGACUACGCCAGCGAACUGGACACCGGGAAAUUAUGCAUUCAAAUAUUUUCGUUGGGGUGAUGAUUAUCUUUACAACGGCCCUCCCUUGCGAGUCGUUGACUGGUUUUUCGAUGACGAGACGCUGUCCGCAAAGGGCAUGGCACCUUCCUUCUCGAUCAAACACAAAGAUUCUAAUCUCGAAACAAGUCUGAUUUACAUCCUCCCCAACGCCGGCUGGUUCAUUGACGGCGACGACGACACUGAUAGUUCACCAGAGAGGGAGGUGACCGAUCGACCGGAAGAGACCGAACAACAAUCUCCUUACUAUGGAACCUCUGGAUGGAGAACCGAUCCAGCGAACGCGAUCAUGUUACCAUCUGCCCUGGUAGAUGACUUCUAUUUGAACAAUUUUGGAUAUGAUAUCGAGGUCAAUCGCUUCAUCACUUUCCGAGGUAUAUCACCUUCAACAGAAGCACUCCUCCAGGACUGUGAACUAAAGGCGACGACACCCGGAAAUACAGACUGGGCUUACAUUGUACGGCACUUCAGGGUAUGCUUAAGGGUGCAUUGCCACUAUGGCGAUAUUUGUGCUGAACUCGGUGCGAGAAAAAUUGCGGCGAGAGCCAAGAAGUGGGAUGAAGAUGGGAUUCCAGAUUCAGAUCGCGAUGUUAUAGACGUCGCUAUCCGUCAGUGGAAUCUCCAGACUGCCGCCUACCUCAGUCUCUAUUACUCAGGGGACUCCGACUCGGAGUAG